AUGAAACAAGUAUUUCCGGACACAGACAUUAAGGCCGAACCACAUAUUUCUUCGAAGAUAAAGGUUUGGAAAAAAUAUCACCUGUCCUUGAGCAUGAUGAUGGAAAAGUCUGGUUUUAGUUUAACCCAGAGUGGUUAUCUUGACGUGAGGGAUGAUCAAGUAUGGACAGAAUACUUAAAGAUCGACCCCAACGCAAAAACAAUGAGGUAUAAGUCUUGGCCAUUUUAUGCACAGUGGUGUGACAUAUUCGGAAAGGACAGGGCAACUGGUGAGAACGCUACAGGAUUUGUUGAUGCGGUAAACGGUGUCUUUAACAUGCCUUCAUCUCCGACUACUCCAAAUGCACCUAGGAGAUCAGAAACCAAUAAUAAUACAUGCCCAGCGGAAGAACAUAUGCAUGAGGAGGCAAAUGUGCAUGAUGGAGAGUGUAGUGUGUCUGCUAGAGAGAAGAGGUCAAGAAAAAGGAAAAAAAUAGUGGAGGAAGACAAUCAGUUCGUGGGGAUGUUGUCGUCCUUCUGCAAGGAGACUGCGAAGAACAUAUCGGACAUGGUGGUGAGGGUUGGUCAUGCCCACGAUGCGACCAAAAGACGUGGCAAGGUGUACGAGGUCUUAAAAGGUAUGCCCAACCUAACCAUGGAAGAAAAGCUACUAACCACCAAAUACCUUUGCAAUAAGACUGAAGAGCUAGACAUGUUUUUUAGCCUUGAUGACGAUGCGCGGGUGAAAAUGGUUCAAAUGAUUGUCAAAAAUAGGUUUUAG